AUGGCGCCUACUCUGCCUGUCACAAGGCUGGCCCUCGGCUACCCCCCUUUCGCCUGCGACUUUGAUCCCCAAGAUGCGACCCGUCUGCUUGUGAGCGGCGGCGGCGGCGCCAACAGGAGUGGUGUUCCCAACAGGAUAACAGCCGUUGACGCGCCCUUCGCCGAGAACCCGCGCAUCGCCGCCGAAGCCGACCUCAGCCGCGACGAAGAUGCCGUCAACACCAUCGCCAUCGGCCAGAAGAAGCCCGGCGCCAGCAACAAGGCCCCCACCUUUGUCUACGCCGGCAUCAACUCGAGCACGGCCGAGCUCGAGAAGGGCAAGAACGAACACUUCCGCGUCUUCUCCAUGGCGCCGUCCAGCAGCAAGUCCGAAAAGACGGCCCACACGGCCGUCCUGAGCGAGGUGUCGCGGACGGCGCUUUUCCAGCAUGGCGAGGGCGACAAGGAGACGUACCAGCGCCUGCUGCGCGUGAGCGCGCCCAACCCACAACGCCCCGGCCAGAAGCAGGUCGGCGCUGUGGCGACGGGCUUCGCCAAGCGGUCCCAGAUUGUCAUCUUCGAGGUGACGCCGGGCCAGGCGCCCAAGUCUAGGGGCGUGUUGGACAUUUCGCGCGAGGCCACCGACCUCGACGUCAUCCAGACGGGCGACGACAGCUUCCAGGUGGCAUACUGUGACGAGCGCGAAGUAUUCGUCAUCAACGUCACCAAGAACGAUGUCACGGGCCCCGAUCUGGCCUACAGCAUGCCCGAGGACGGCACAGGUGUCCAACCCAGCUUCAGGGCUAUUCGCUACAUCUCCCCCGUCUUCAUCAUGGCGCUGUCAAACCUGCCGCGGAACUCGGGCGUCUGCCUCAACGGCAUUCGCCUGCCGUCUGGGGACAUUGAGGAGGGCCGUCUGGCUGUGUCGGCAAAGCUGCCACGCUUCAUGACGCGCGCCGCCUCUUUUGCCGUUCGCAACGUCAACACGCCUCCCGGACCCGGUGACCGUCUCGGCAACACCCAGUUCGUCAUCGCCGUCGCCAGCUUCCAGGCGAUAUCCCUCUAUACCGUCGAGCACCGCUCCGCCGCUCACCUCGACCUGCUGAUCGAGCUCGUGCCCGUCAUGGCGUUGAAGGACGUUCACCCCUUGAACAUUACUUCGCUCGCUCUCUCUUCUUUUGCGCCGCCCAAGGCUCCGAACCCCACGAACCUCGUCAUCAACCUCGCCUCCGUCUCCCUCAACAAUGACGUCGCCAUUCACACAAUCCCCCUGAAGAAGCUCAAGCAAGAAGGUGCGCCGGCGAAGAAGGCCGGCGGCCCUCCCCGUCCGAGCCGCUACGCGGUGGCUCUGGCGCCCCCGAGCAAGGCUACGCGACCCCUCAUCCUCCUGACCGUCGUUGUUGUUAUACUCGCCGCAAUCGCUCAGUACGUGCUCAAGUCUGGCGUCGACCCGUCCGAGUUCUUCCCCAAGGGCACAAUGGUCACGCCCCGCGAAGGUGGCGCGCGCGCCGUCGAGGCUGUGCUCCCCGAGGUGCUGACCCCGGGCGAGUUCCUCGCUCGCCUCGUGCCCGGGGCGACAACGCCCCAGGAGGGCGAGGUGUAUGUUGUCCGCGAGGACGCCAUCCCUCACGCGGAUCUCGAGCGGGCGCAGGGCAAGGAGAAUGUCGCGGUGCCACCGCAAAUCAAGGCGGAACUGCACCAAGACACGCUGAAGGGGAAGCCGGCGCAGUCGUGGGACGAGCUGAGCGCCGAGCAGAAGGCGCUCUGGAAGGCGAGGCUCGAGGACGCGGGUCACUGGGCGGAGCAUCUCGGGACGGGCGUCUUCAAGGGCCUCGUCUUUUCGCAGAUUGCGGGUGCCGUCGGCCAGGCUGUCGGUGGAUAG